AUGGACAGCAUGAGUGACUCUGUUCGCGAUGUGAACGGCGGCUUUAUUGCUGACAACUCGGCCAAAGUCGAGCGCUGGCGUGAGCACUUUGAGCGCCAUCUCAACUUCGAUACCCAACCUACAUCGCCCUUGUUCUCCUCCUCAGCGGAGUUUCUUCCCUCUCCUACCUAUGCAGUGCCAUGCGAUCCCCCCUCCGAGGGAGAAGUCGCCGAUGCCAUACGAAAGUUGCGCAACAAUAAGGGACCCGGAGAGGACGGUAUGCCCGCUGAAAUCUUCAGGUCUUGUGUCGAAACUCUGGCGCCUUGGCUCCAUGAGGUGAUUGAACGAGCGUGGAGAGACGAGGUUGUUCCUGAUGACUGGGGCUUAGGCAUCCUUGUACCUAUCCUCAAGAAGGGAGAUAAGACGAGAUGCGAGAACUACCGCGGCAUAAGUCUCAUCGACGUUGCUGCGAAGAUCUUCGCUAUUGUCCUACUCAGGCGAUUCCAGGCUGUGCGUGACUCAAGGACGAGGCCCAACCAAGCCGGAUUUCGUGCUGGACGUGGAUGCGCAGAUCAGAUAUUCACAGUGAGGCGCAUUCUCGAAUUUCGCCAUAGCUACCAACAACCGACGGCCGUCUGCUUCGUUGACUUUGCCGCCGCGUUCGAUUCCGUUCACCGUGAUUCCCUGUGGCGGAUAAUGGCGCUAGAUGGUGUACCGGCAAAAAUCAUCGCCAUGAUCAAGGCCUACUAUCGUUCCACUACUGCGAGAGUCCUGGCCCGUAACAAUCUUUCCCAACCGUUCGGUAUUCGGUCUGGUGUCCCACAGGGUUGUAUCCUAUCACCCAUACUGUUCAACUACGCUAUUGACUGGAUCCUCGUGAGGGCACUACGCGACAGUGACGGCGUUGAAUUUGCACCGGGGCACCGACUGACUGAUCUCGACUAUGCCGAUGAUAUCGCCUUACUUACUUCAAGCUUUGGUGAUCUGCAGUCUAUGGUGUCAUGGGUGAACGAAGUCGCUAAAUCGGUCGGUUUGUCCAUAAACGCUGCAAAGACCAAAGUAUUCUCAAGCUGCAUCCCUGACCAGGAGAAGGUACCCCUGGGGAUUGAUGACUGUCAACUUGAAGAAGUGGACAGUUUUAAAUACCUCGGGGCGAGGCUGCUGCCUAAUGGACAGAGUAAGGACGACAUUGUCUCCCGAAUCGAUGCUGUCCGCUGGGUUUUUUUCAGGCCUUCGGAAAUGCCUGUGAAACCGACGUGA